AUGUCAAAGAAGUUCGACCAAAUCAGCAUUGCAAUGCCAAAAACAUCGCCACAUGUCUACGACUACUACUUCGUCUGCAAGAAUCUCCCUGCAGACAACGAGAACCGAUGCCUACGGUGGCGUGACGUGUAUAAUCAGUUACAAUACGUGAGGAACACCCCAUAUGCCAGUUCAUUUUCCUACCCAAAGACUCACAAAAACAGGGAAGAAAAUGCUCUCGAGCUAGAAGGAGCACUCCAUGAGUAUACUGUCAUAAAGGGUGGGCGGCCUUUCAUCAGAGGCGCCCCAGGAGCGGUCCGAGCCGUCUACCACUGGAAGAAGGAGGAAUGGCAGAAAGUGGACUCGCUUAGGAACAAGGUCCGUGUCGUCUAUCAUGACCCGACAAGAAAAUGGAAAUCAAAAUAG